AUGCACUCCCGUACCCCUUCAAGCGGACAUCUCUUCGAUAUUUCAACCAAGGACGACCCCACCGACUCGGCUACAAUCUUCCGCGGACCACUCCUCGUCGACCGCACCCCAUUCCUGGCCCACGAGGGCAUCGGCAGGGACAAAACUCCCGCCGAGACCGUUAUUCUGCAUCAGAACAGUUUCGCGCAUGCCGACUAG